ACCACGGAAGUGUACGUCAUUUCUGGAUUGCGCAGAGCAAGUAAACAACAAGACAAAGUGAUGGUCCGUUCUCCUGGUAAAACAUGUUAAUAGACCGUAAAUAUGACCAAUUGACAGUAUAGACGUUGGACAGUAUCGACGUAAUAAUAUUUCCGCUACAUAACCGUAACAACACAAUGGCAACAGGAGGUGGUGGUGACGGACCCGCAUCAAAUUAUGAAGGACAGGCAUCCAAUUUCGCUCGUUCUGGAGCGGGCAGGAACGUCGCAGCGGUGUCGAAUGCACCGGUCGCCGUCGCAGCGGCACCGAUUUGUCCCCCGUCUGUGGGCCUACACCGGGAGCCUAUGUACAACUGGCAGGCCACAAAGAGCUCGCUGAAAGAGCGCUUCGCGUUUCUUUUCAACAAUGAACUACUAAGUGACGUUAGGUUUAUUGUAGGGAAAGCUAGACAAGCACAGAGGAUACCAGCCCACAAAUUCGUUCUAGCUGCAGGUAGUGCUGUAUUCGACGCAAUGUUCAACGGUGGUAUGGCAACAACCUCAGCUGAAAUAGAGUUACCCGAUGUUGAACCUGCUGCCUUCCUCGCUCUGCUAAGGUUCCUGUACUCUGACGAGGUCCACAUUGGUCCGGAGACUGUGAUGACGACUCUGUACACAGCUAAGAAGUACGCUGUCCCAGCCCUGGAGGCUCAUUGUGUGGACUUCCUCACCAAACACCUGCGUGCUGACAACGCCUUCAUGUUGCUCACUCAGGCCCGGUUAUUUGAUGAGCCCCAGCUGGCCAGUCUGUGUCUGGACACCAUAGACAAGAGCACAGCGGACGCUAUAAACGCAGAGGGCUUCACUGAUAUCGACCUUGAUACCCUGUGUGCAGUUCUGGCAAGAGACACUCUAGGGAUUCGAGAGAACCGUCUGUUUGGGGCGGUGGUGCGCUGGGCUGAAGCCGAGUGUUACAGACAACAGCUAACCCUGACUUCGGAGAACAAGCAGAAAGUUCUGGGGAAAGCUCUCACACUCAUCCGCUUCCCUCUCAUGACUGUGGAGGAAUUUGCUGCAGGGCCUGCCCAGUCUGGGAUAUUGUUCGAUCGGGAGGUGGUAAAUCUGUUUUUACACUUUACAGUAAACCCCAAACCGCGGGUAGACUACAUAGACAGGUCUCGCAGCUGUCUGAGGGGCAAGGAGGGCAGCAUUAAUAGGUUCCAGCAGGUUGAGAGUCGCUGGGGGUACAGUGGCACCAGUGACAGAAUCAGAUUCAAUGUAAAUAGAAGAAUAUACGUGGUUGGGUUGGGACUGUAUGGAUCCAUACAUGGCCCCACAGACUAUCAGGUCAACAUACAGAUCAUGGACAGUGACAACAGCCAGACGCUGGGACAGAACGACACAGGCUUCAGCUGUGACGGCUCAGCCAACACGUUCAGGGUCAUGUUCAAACAGCCUCUGGAGAUCUUACCUAACGUGAGCUACACUGCUUGCGCAACCUUAAAGGGUCCAGACUCUCACUAUGGGACGAAGGGGUUAAAAAAAGUCACCCAUGAGUCUUCGACGGGGACCAAGACAACGUUUUUCUUCUUCAGCUCUCCUGGGAAUAACAAUGGCACUUCAGUGGAGGAUGGCCAGAUACCAGAGAUCAUCUACUACACCUAGAGGGAACCAGCUGCCACCCCUCAGCCUAACUUGUUACCACUCGGAGAGUUCAGGCUGUGUGUUUUCUGUUGAGUGUGCGUGUGUGUGUUUGUGUUUGUUUGAGUGUGUGUGCGUGCUUGUGUGAGAGAGAGAGAGAGAGCGAGCGAGAGAGAGAGAGAGAG